AUGCAACAAAUGAUAAAUGAGACGAGUGGGAUAAAAGUUGCUGUGGCAUGGGUCGCAUUCAUUAAACGAGUGUUGCUGAAAAGAGAUUCAAAACGCCGCCGGUUGGCAGAAAAGCAAGUUAUUCGGGAGACAAGGGUGACUGGGGCUGAAGUUGAGGCGUUUCGGAAAAACUUGGAGCGCAUUACUUUUAAAGGGCUCCUAGAAAUGCAUCGCAAGCGUGGCAAUAUGACUGAUAAUUCAGGUAGCGGUUGGAAUGUACGAGAGGAUCCGAAAGGGCAUCAUUACCAGGAUGACGCGAUGUUUAGUUCUGGACUUGUUACAACGAUUAAGAAUAUCAGAAAUCGUAGUCCUAAUGCAAUUAUUAUAUAUGAAGCAUCUAUGAUCAUCCGAGAUGCAAUGGAGCGGAAAAGUCAUUGGAUAAGUUGCCAACUUGGAGUCAUUGCCUUAUCAUUGGACGACAUUCAUAGACAAAAUCUAAUUGUCAGGGGGAUGGUGGGAUCAGGACGUCAAGACUAUAGGAUAGAUGGACACAUCGGAGGACAGGAUUGUUUGCGAUUAUGUAUAUUCCUGACGCGUGGUUGGACUUACUAUUUUAUAUACUGA